CAGAAACACCCUCAACAACUAGAUCAGAAAAUCAACAGAAAAUGUCAUUGUUUACAACAAGAAAAUCAUCAACAUCAGAAGCAUCAACAACACAACCCUCAACUGCAAAACAAACUGUGGGAUCAACAAUGACUGAAGCAAACAAAGACAGAGGUUCACUGACUGCAUCAACAAGACAAACUGUGACCACACUGAGAAUUGUGACAAUAACAGAAUCAAAUCCGUCAACAACUGCAAAUCAAGCAUCUAUUACAAAUCAGACAUCUACUUCAAUGGUGAAUGUAAAGGCAAUAGGAUUGAUGACAACAUCGUCUACAUCUGUUACAUCUAAAACAGAAGGAACUGUACAGUUAACAUCUACACCUCCACCCCUUACAACAAGAUCCACAACAGGAACAGAAGCUGAAAUACCAACAUCAAAGAAAUCAGACAAAAUAUCAUCAACACAAAGCACCUCAGCGCUAAACCCUUUACAUGUAACAACUGAGACACAGACUGCAGCUACAGAAACAGGAUCAUCAACUACUUUCAAACAGGCUGUGUCAUCAACAUACAGUGAAUCAGUGUCUGAUCAUAACAGAAGUGUAUCAGAGUUAUUGCAAACAUUAACUCAAAACACAGAUAAAACAACACAAUCACAGAAUGAGCCCACAACAACACCACAACCUCUAAUUACUGGAUCAACAAGAAUUCAAGAAAACACAAACAGUGGAUCAGAUUCUUUCUCCACAAUCGACAGAAAACAAACUACUAAGACUGUGGAAACGGUGCCCAUUGCAACACAAACAGAUUCUAGAUCACCGACAAUCACCAAGAAAAUAUCGACAACAACUGCAAAGCAACCUGCUGGAUCUGUAACUCAAACAAGCACAGAAUCUGGAUCAAUCUCUGUGUCAGCAAGACUCUCAACACACAGCACACAACCUGCAGCAUCAAAAAUACUCAACAUAUCUGCAACAAUAGACUUGUCAUACAUAACUGAAACUCUCACUGUUGCAAAACAAACAAUGGCUGAUCAAAAUGAAAGGAGUCAAACUGUAAAUGAAUCUCUUCAAAGUUCAACACUGAAAUCAAAAACUCAGGAUAGACCUUCACCGUCUGCAGCAGACAAUUCAGGUUCAUCAACAUCAGCAGCUUUUCCAACAGAACAAUACAAAGCAAUUGGAUCAACAACAGUUCAAACAAACACAAAAAGUGAAUCAAUUCUCAUGUCAACAAGACUUAACACACAAAUGGCAGCAGAUGUUCAAACUGAAACAUCUAGUGUAUCUAAAAAUGAAACUCAAGCAUCCACCACAAAUACAGAUACAUCUACACAAAUGGUGAUGUCAAAGGCUACAAUCGCCAAACAAACAACAACAACAGUUCGAGAAAAAGAUGUCAGUGGACUGGUGUCUAUGUCACCUGAAACAGGAACCACUUCACUGUCAGUAAUAUCCUCUACAUCUGUUACAAGACAAUUCACCAAAUUAUCAAAUGCUACUCAAACAACAACUAAAACAGACAAAGGAACGUCAUUAAAAACUCCAGAGCCAAUAACAUUAAAUUUGACACCAACAUCUCAAACUAGAGCUGCAGAAAUAACCAAAACAACAGAAUUUGAGACUCUGCAUGAAAUGGAGUCAACAUCAAUAGCAUUAACAACACACCAGCCAACAGCUACAAAGCAUGCCACUGGAUCAGCAACAGGUCAAGUAACAACAUAUGGUGGAUCAGUGCCUUUGUCAACAAAGCAAACUGUAGGGUCUGGGACAACACUGCAUGCUGCAACACAAACACUAUCUAGUCUAUCUACAAAUGCAACUCCAAAGUCUACCACAGAUCAUGAGACUACAAAUAUAAUGGAGUCCAUGUUGACACAAGGUGGAUUAGUGUCUGGUCAGAAUGGAGGUGAAUCCAUGGAGUCCAUGGCAACAGCAAUAUCUCCUACCUCUCUAACUUUGACUGCAAGAACAUCUGUAAAAGCAACAUCUUUAACUCCAUCUAUGACAAUAAAACCUACAACAAAUACAGUAGAAAAGGCACAGUUACAAAACACCUCAGAAAAAAUUACUUUAAAUGUAAAAGGAGAGGCACAGACCACAGAUGAGCAAAUGACCAAAACACCAGCAAAAAUUGAAUCAUUCACUACUUCAAAAGAAACGAAGGGGUCAACUAAGGGUGGAUUAGUGGUUACACAAACACAAACAAUAAACACUGUUUAUGGACAGCAACAAAUAUCAACACAAAUUUCAACCUUGAGAACUCCAUCAGUGGAUUCACAGGAAACAUCAUCAUCUGCAGUGACCAAGUCAGAGAAGCCAACAACAUCAGCGCCACUGACAACACAACAAACUGCUGGAACUACAACAACUAACGGAAACACAGGCAGCAGAUUGGACUCUGUGUCAUCCAGACCCACAACCCAAACAGCAGAGUCUGAUAAACAUGCUAACUCAAAUUCAAUAACGACUUCAGCUUCGUCUGCAACUUCUACAACUGGUGCAAAUGGAAAGUCUACAGUAUCGACUCUAUCUGCAUCAAGAAGACUAACCAGCUCUGUGGUAGCAAAUACCCAAGAAUAUACAGAAAAUACAAAAUUGCCAACAUUUUCAAGACAAAGUACACAAAAUGUAACAACCAAAAUUCAAACACCAGAAAAAGAAACAAGCAUAACACCUGAAACAACUAAAGCUGACACUCAGGAUGAAACAAAAACCUUAGCAGAAGAAACAACAGAAGCAUCCUCAACAACUAGAUCAGAAAAUCAACAGAAAAUGUCAUUGUUUACAACAAGAAAAUCAUCAACAUCAGAAGCAUCAACAACACAACCCUCAACUGCAAAACAAACUGUGGGAUCAACAAUGACUGAAGCAAACAAAGACAGAGGUUCACUGACUGCAUCAACAAGACAAACUGUGACCACACGGAGAAUUGUGACAAUAACAGAAUCAAAUCCGUCAACAACUGCAAAUCAAGCAUCUAUUACAAAUCAGACAUCUACUUCAAUGGUGAAUGUAAAGGCAACAGGAUUGAUGACAACAUCGUCUACAUCUGUUACAUCUAAAACAGAAGGAACUGUACAGUUAACAUCUUCACCUCCACCCCUUACAACAAGAUCCACAACAGGAACAGAAGCUGAAAUACCAACAUCAAAGAAAUCAGACAAAAUAUCAUCAACACAAAGCACCUCAGCGCUAAACCCUUUACAUGUAACAACUGAGACACAGACUGCAGCUACAGAAACAGGAUCAUCAACUGCUUUCAAACAGGCUGUGUCAUCAACAUACAGUGAAUCAGUGUCUGAUCAUAACAGAAGUGUAUCAGAGUUAUUGCAAACAUUAACUCAAAACACAGAUAAAACAACACAAUCACAGAAUGAGCCCACAACAACACCACAACCUCUAAUUACUGGAUCAACAAGAAUUCAAGAAAACACAAACAGUGGAUCAGAUUCUUUCUCCACAAUCGACAGAAAACAAACUACUAAGACUGUGGAAACGGUGCCCAUUGCAACACAAACAGAUUCUAGAUCACCGACAAUCAUCAAGAAAAUAUCGACCACAACUGCAAAGCAACCUGCUGGAUCUGUAACUCAAACAAGCACAGAAUCUGGAUCAAUCUCUGUGUCAGCAAGACUCUCAACACACAGCACACAACCUGCAGCAUCAAAAAUACUCAACAUAUCUGCAACAAUAGACUUGUCAUACAUAACUGAAACUCUCACUGUUGCAAAACAAACAAUGGCUGAUCAAAAUGAAAGGAGUCAAACUGUAAAUGAAUCUCUUCAAAGUUCAACACUGAAAUCAAAAACUCAGGAUAGACCUUCACCGUCUGCAGCAGACAAUUCAGGUUCAUCAACAUCAGCAGCUUUUCCAACAGAACAACACAAAGCAAUUGGAUCAACAACAGUCCAAACAAACACAAAAAGUGAAUCAAUUCUCAUGUCAACAAGACUUAACACACAAAUGGCAGCAGAUGUUCAAACUGAAACAUCUAGUGUAUCUAAAAAUGAAACUCAAGCAUCCACCACAAAUACAGAUACAUCUACACAAAUGGUGAUGUCAAAGGCUACAACCGCCAAACAAAUAACAACAACAACAACAACAACAACAAUUCGAGGAAAAGAUGUCAGUGGACUGGUGUCUAUGUCACCUGAAACAGGAACCACUUCACUGUCAGUAAUAUCCUCUACAUCUGUUACAAGACAAUUCACCAAAUUAUCAAAUGCUACUCAAACAACAACUAAAACAGACAAAGGAACGUCAUUAAAAACUCCAGAGCCAAUAACAUUAAAUUUGACACCAACAACUCAAACUAGAGCUGCAGAAAUAACCAAAACAACAGAAUUUGAGACUCUGCAUGAAAUGGAGUCAACAUCAAUAGCAUUAACAACACACCAGCCAACAGCUACAAAGCAUGCCACUGGAUCAGCAACAGGUCAAGUAACAACAUAUGGUGGAUCAGUGCCUAUGUCAACAAAGCAAACUGUAGGGUCUGGGACAACACUGCAUGCUGCAACACAAACACUAUCUAGUCUAUCUACAAAUGCAACUCCAAAGUCUACCACAGAUCAUGAGACUACAAAUAUAAUGGAGUCCAUGUUGACACAAGGUGGAUUAGUGUCUGGUCAGAAUGGAGGUGAAUUCAUGGAGUCCAUGGCAACAGCAAUAUCUCCUACCUCUCUAACUUCGACUGCAAGAACAUCUGUAAAAGCAACAUCUUUAACUCCAUCUAUGACAAUAAAACCUACAACAAAUACAGUAGAAAAGGCACAGUUACAAAACACCUCAGAAAAAAUUACUUUAAAUGUAAAAGGAGAGGCACAGACCACAGAUGAGCAAAUGACCAAAACACCAGCAAAAAUUGAAUCAUUCACUACUUCAAAAGAAACGAAGGGGUCAACUAAGGGUGGAUUAGUGGUUACACAAACACAAACAAUAAACACUGUUUAUGGACAGCAACAAAUAUCAACACAAAUUUCAACCUUGAGAACUCCAUCAGUGGAUUCACAGGAAACAUCAUCAUCUGCAGUGACCAAGUCAGAGAAGCCAACAACAUCAGCGCCACUGACAACACAACAAACUGCUGGAACUACAACAACUAACGGAAACACAGACAGCAGAUUGGACUCUGUGUCAUCCAGACCCACAACCCAAACAGCAGAGUCUGAUAAACAUGCUAACUCAAAUUCAAUAACGACUUCAGCUUCGUCUGCAACUUCUACAACUGGUGCAAAUGGAAAGUCUACAGUAUCGACUCUAUCUGCAUCAAGAAGACUAACCAGCUCUGUGGUAGCAAAUACCCAAGAAUAUACAGAAAAUACAAAAUUGCCAACAUUUUCAAGACAAAGUACACAAAAUGUAACAACCAAAAUUCAAACACCAGAAAAAGAAACAAGCAUAACACCUGAAACAACUAAAGCUGACACUCAGGAUGAAACAAAAACCUUAGCAGAAGAAACAACAGAAGCAUCCUCAACAACUAGAUCAGAAAAUCAACAGAAAAUGUCAUUGUUUACAACAAGAAAAUCAUCAACAUCAGAAGCAUCAACAACACAACCCUCAACUGCAAAACAAACUGUGGGAUCAACAAUGACUGAAGCAAACAAAGACAGAGGUUCACUGACUGCAUCAACAAGACAAACUGUGACCACACUGAGAAUUGUGACAAUAACAGAAUCAAAUCCGUCAACAACUGCAAAUCAAGCAUCUAUUACAAAUCAGACAUCUACUUCAAUGGUGAAUGUAAAGGCAAUAGGAUUGAUGACAACAUCGUCUACAUCUGUUACAUCUAAAACAGAAGGUACUGUGCAGUUAACAUCUACACCUCCACCCCUUACAACAAGAUCCACAACAGGAACAGAAGCUGAAAUACCAACAUCAAAGAAAUCAGACAAAAUAUCAUCUGUCUCUACACAAAGCACCUCAGCGCUAAACCCUUUACAUGUAACAACUGAGACACAGACUGCAGCUGCAGAAACAGGAUCAUCAACUGCUUUCAAACAGGCUGUGGUAUCUACAUACAGUGAAUCAGUGUCUGAUCAUAACAGAAAUAAAUCAACUUCAUUGCAAACAUCGUCUCAAAAGACAGGUGGAGCAAAUGAAUCAGAGGAUCAGACUAAAGAUGCAUCACCUGCAACGAACAAAUCAGAGAUUCCAAAAACACAACAACCUCCAAUUAUUGGAUCAAUAACAGUUCAAGAAAACACAAAAAGUAAAUCAAUAUCCCUGUCUACAUUUGACAGGAGACAAACAGAGCACAAUGGCACACAAACAAAUUAUACUCCACCAACGACCAUCAAUCAAAUGUCUAUCACAACUGCAAAGCAUCCUGUUGGAUCUACAACAACUCAAGGAAGCGUAGACUCUGGGUCAAUCUAUAUGUCAGCUAAAAAAUCAAGCAUAACACCUGCAACAACUAAAUCAAACACUCAGGAUAAAGCAACAUCAUCCGCAACAACCAAAUCACAGACUACAACGACAGCAGCAAUUACAGGAAAACAACCCACAACUACAAAGCAAACCGUGAGUUCAGCAACAACAGCUUCGUCGAGGACUUCGACAAUCACAGCACAUGCAGUGACAAACACAAAUUAUGACACCUCAUUAACAACCGGACAGAUAUCACCCACAGCUUCAACACAAAGCAUUGGAUUAUCAAACCAGUCACCAACACAAGUUAUAGAGAAGACUACAGGGAAACAAGAGGCAGGACGAACAACGGGACAUAUGGGAACUACAGUGAACACCACACCACACACCACAGCAUCUUUAGUUACAUCUCCUCAAGAAACGACACAAACAGCUGCACACACAAUUACCCCUGAGGAGGAACCAGAGACUGCAUCAGCAGCAUGGACAGCGGAUCAGUACUCAUCCACACUGCAAAGUUUAGAAUCUUCCAGUUCGCAACAACCUCAAAGUGUCUCAUUGGUCCCAGUUAGCACAUUAAGAAGCACUUCAGCUUCAGUCCCAGCGCAGAGUUCAUCCCAUUCCACAACAGAAGAAGCUCAUUCAAGUACUUCCCCUCAGGUUAACGGGACUACAAAUAUGGAGAAGGCUACAGUAAAAUCCACAGCAGCUGAGUAUGGAAGUGCAGAUACAACAGACUCCAAGUUAUACACAUCAUCAGCUAACAUCAGGCAUGCAAACACAACACAACUGGAAUACGAUGCAAGCCCUUUGCCUGUUUCUCGAAACAGGACUGUGUUUUUCAAAUACAGUCCUAGGGUUGUUAUUGUGAAGCCUUUAGUCUUUGAUUAUCCAGUUGUGGAGCGCAUCACGUUUUUAUCAAAUGAUACAGACAAAAUUGAUGGAAUGACAAACUAAAUAGUAACAAGGUUUGCCAAUGGUACAAGAUGAUGAAAACAACAUGGCAAAUUACUUGUUAAAGCAUUUGUCACAUGUUGAUGUAAAAUAAUUUUUGGGAUAAAAUUUUAUUGGGGCGGUUUCUUACAAUCUCUUUUGUUCUGUUGAGAUGUUGCGACUGUUUGGGAUUUUAAAAUUAGUUCAAAAGAGCAACCUAAAUCUGGAGAGCCAAUAGGUACACUCGAAAUAAAACUUGAUGUGGGCAUUUUACAACAUGUAGGCCACAUCCAGCUCUGUAGUUGCUCAAGACUGGCCUGCAGUGGUUAAUAGAUCUGCAAAAAUGCAAUAAAUAAAAUAAAUAAAGUUUAUUUUGUACUGAAGUCCAACUAUGUGUAUUAUUUGGAGAAUCCAAUCCUUAUUUCACUUUUGUCUCUGUCUGCUACAACAGCGUCCGGUAUGUGCCAAUGUUCAUUUUGCUACCAAAUGUAAAGUUUCUUCUAUGUAAUUACUGCACACAUACCAUCAUCACAACAUGAGUGUUAAUACUAAUAAUAUUUCAAUUGUCACGAAUGCGCACACUGCAUAUGACAUUCAGCCUGA